AUCGAUCAGACAGCCACGGGCGCACCUGCAGAGCGGACAUUGCGUCUUUCUCAGACCACCUUCCACGCUGCUUUCCACGCAGUAGCCUGCUGCAGCACAGCCAUGAGCUCUAUCUCCACAAUCCUCCACCUUCUCUUUAUAUACGUGGGAUUUAUUGGAUGUAAACCUUCGUCGUCUUGUCCGAGCGGACAGUUUCUGCUGAAAAACCAGUGCGUCUUGUGUCAUCCCACCUGCUCCGAGUGCGACGGACACGAGCUGUUUGACUGCACUACCUGUGGAGUUUAUGAAGACGGACAGGAGCGUUUCCUGCACCAAGGUCGCUGUCGGACGCACUGCCCCAGGGGAUUCUACCCUGACAGGGGUCACUAUGCCUGCCUGCCCUGCAUAGCCAAUUGUGAACUCUGCACAGAUGGCAAUUUGUGUGCCAAAUGCCGGGAACGCUACAAACUUCAGAACGGGGUCUGUCAACCAGCGCUUUGUGACAUAGGGCAGAUGCUGGACCCCGAUACAGAAGAGUGUAUUGACUGUGAAAUGGGAUGCAAAACAUGUUCUACAGACCCUGAGAUGUGCAGCAGCUGCACUCAAGGUUACUUUCUUUUCAGACAGAAGUGCCGCAGACACUGCCCUCAGGGCACCUUCGAGGACCAUGUUGGUGGAGUCUGUCUGCCAUGUCCAGCACCAUGUGAGGACUGCAGCACCAACACCCGCUGCCUCGCCUGCCAGCCGGGUUACUUCCUUAAUGGAUGGGAGUGUAUAAAGCAGUGUCCACCGCAGACCUUCAGUGACUCCAGUGGGCGGCGCUGUCAGCCUUGCCACAGCGUGUGCCAGAUGUGUCAUGGGCCUCAUUCCACAGAAUGUGACCUCUGUCUGAGCGGUAAUCUUCCUCUGCAUGGACAGUGCCCCCAGGUUAACUGCCCGCUUGGCCAGUAUUUUGAUGGGACAUUCGGUGGAUGCCACUCAUGCGAUGCAUCCUGUAAGACCUGCUUUGGCCCACAGGCACUGGAUUGUUCCUCCUGUUUCCAAGGAUAUUUCCUGGAUCUGGAGGGUUCUUGUGUAGUGCAGUGUCCAUCAGGCUCUUACGCAAACCCUGCAACCCGGCUAUGCGAAGAGUGCUCACCAAACUGUGAGGAUUGUGUGGACAGCAGUGAUAAUUGCAUCAGCUGCCCCAAAGGCAAUAACAAACUUUUUCUGCACCAAGGCCGAUGCUGGUCAAAUUGCCCAGAGGGCUCCUUUGAGACUCCAGACGGAUUAUGUGAGGCCUGUGAUAGCUCCUGUUUGACCUGUGAUGAAAACAAAUUUCAGUGUCUGUCCUGUCCUGAUGGCCAUUACCUGGAGAGUGGAACAUGCAGACUAAACUGUUCACUGCGGACAUACCCAGCAGACGAUGGGACCUGCAGACGUUGCCCCCCUCACUGUGACGUUUGCUCUGAUGACAGAACCUGUUUCAAAUGUACGUUCCUCUACUUGAUGCUGAACGGUGUGUGCAAGGCCAGCUGUCCUGUGGGUUAUUAUGAGGACAUGGAAGAGGGCCUCUGUGCUCAGUGCCACCCUACUUGUGGCAGCUGCUCUGGGCCGCUGGCAGAUGACUGUGAGACCUGCUCGACCUUCAGUCCCAGACUCUAUAAAGGUUCAUGUCUCAAAGAAUGUCCCAUGGGUACAUACUAUGAGGUGGCAGCUAUGGAGUGUCAAGAAUGCCACCAGACGUGCAUGAGCUGCAGUGGCCCAGACCCAAACCAGUGCACCCAGUGCGAGAGGGGACUAGUACUGGAUCCCAACACUUUACUGUGUGGCGUCACAGGCGACGGGACCUGCCCAACGAGAACUUACCUGCACGAUGAUCAGUUCACCUGCAUAGGUUGCCACCAGCACUGUUAUUCCUGUCAGGGCCCUGGCAACGAUGAGUGUCUGACCUGUGCCGCCCCCAGAUACCUUCACAACAGCAGCUGUGUGGAUGAAUGUCCUGCUGGUACAUACUCCACAAGGCAGGAAGCUGAUGGACAGGAGCUGGGACUCUGUUUGCCCUGUGACCAUGUCUGCUCCACUUGCACUGGGGCUUCACCUCGAGACUGCCUGACAUGCUCUGUUGGAUACCUGAGGCUCUUACAGCUCUGCGUCCUCCACUGUCCCCCGGGGUAUUACAAACAGGGCUCUCACUGCCAAAAAUGUGACCCGUCCUGCGAGCUGUGUUCAGGACCAGGCCCUGAAUCCUGCAGGGCUUGUCUCCCUCCUCUCUUGGAGCUACAAGGCACCAGGCUGUGUGUCGAACGCUGCCCCCACCGCUUCUAUCAGGUUGAUGAAAUCUGCAAACAGUGCCAUACCAGUUGUCAGACUUGCACAGAUGCUUCGCCUCAAGGCUGCCUGACAUGCGACUCGGGGAGCACUCUGAGGGACAAAGUCUGCUACCCACGCUGUGAGGAGGGCCGAUACUUCUCAGAAAUGGAAACCUGUGAGCCGUGUGACAGCUCCUGCAGGCAUUGUGUUGGCCCCAGACCUGACCAGUGUCUGACCUGUCACAGAGACUUUGCCCUCCAUGCUGUAGAGAACCGCUGCUCCCGCUGCUGCCAGGCUGCAGUGAAUCAAACCAGCUGCUGUGUUUGUGACACUCGCUCAGCUCUGUGUGUGGAGACUCCACAGCCUAGGUCAGGAGACGGUAAGGAAUCAGACACGAACAUGUCCUCCCGAGCAUUAAAGCACACCUCAGCUGCUUUGCCCGUCACCCUGCUGCUGGCGGCGGGUCUGGCCCUGGCUGUGUUUGCCUUGAUCAAGGCCCACGCCAGGAGGAGGCUUUGCUGGAACCAGAGCUACGAGAGACUGAGCGGCAGCGGCAGCAUCAACAUGCCCCACGGCGUGCCCGAGCCUGACAGCGGCGAUGAGGUAGACGUAGUUUACACCAGCAGAGGAGGAUCCGUUUACAGGCGCUACAGCUUCAUCCUGGAGCAGGACACAGAUACAGACCAAGAUGUCCCUGUUAGUCAGUCUUAGAUGCAGCCAUUUAAGGGUGAACUGUUACUGACUGAUUAUCAGUGUAAAUUUGGGUUCAAAAGUCACUUCGUUUAUGGGAGAUUGUUUAUAUACAAUCAUUCUAUUAUUUUUGGGGCUUUUAAUGAUUUUUUGAAUGUUCUUUUUUAAAUUAAAAUAACGAUUUUUAAAAAUAAGAUCUGUAUGCACACAUUUGAAUUUGUAGUGGAAUUUACCUUUUUCUUCUUAGGGUCAAAGGUAAUCAUUAAAGAUGAAAUUUGCUCUAAUGCUUCUUUCAAUUGGUGAGGUUUGGACAGAAAGAGGCGUUUAGACCGUUGCCUUGAAUCAGCAAGUUUCUGGUCUGAUUCUUGGUUGUUAUUUGAGUGGUCUACUCUUCAGAAAUGGCAGAGUUCAUUAUACAGUUACUAAACUACUUUCACGCUUUAGGGCAUUUAGUAAAUUUUUAGCAGGGUUAAAAUCUUGCUGGGCAACAUGAGAGGGUUAAUCUUCGCCUCCUUCAUCCAUCUAUAAACUACUCUUUAAACUGCUUUGGGGUUUCAUUAUUUUUAUUGUUUGAUAUUAUGAUCAUAUGCAUCACUAUUCCUUAUUAUAUAUGUUAUGGCAAACAGUUUUUGAUAUUUCAUAUUUUACAGUACACAGAAAUAAAGAUUUGAACUAUAUUUUUCAGUGUUCAAUAUAUCCUUCAGACAAUACCGCUUUAGAACAAGCAACUGAUGAAAACAAGGGUGCUCUAUAAUUUUCCAUGUAUAUUUAUUUCCUAAUCUCUAUGACACCUUGGCAAUAAGCAACUUAGCUUUUAAUCAGUUUCAGUUAAACUUUGCACCAUCCAGGAAAUGAUUAGCAGGUAUUGAUGUGGAACCAGUUUUACUGAUGGAACCAGAACAAUAAUUAACGUCUGCCAAUACUGACGUUAUUCCAAUAUGAUGGGUAUCACUAGUAAAAAUGUGAAAAUAGCCAUAAUCUGUAAAACACACAUGAAGCAGUGAAGAACCUUCUCAGGAGUAGCCGCCGCACCAAACGCUAAUUGACUUUCAAAAGGAACAAAGGGAACCCAAAACAAUGUCUCAAACACAGCAGGCCUUACUUGCUUUAAUUAAAGUUGGCGUUCAUAAAUCAACUCUGAGAGACUGAGGAGAAUUUGCAGGCAUGGCUGACAUCCAAAUCUAAAACAACUGCUGACUUCAAUCCACAACUGUCAAAACAUCUUGGUGGUCCCCAAGAGUCAGAGCGAAUAAAUUCUGUGGAGUGACAAAAAAAAAAGAGGAAACAUUUAGAAUACAUCUAAUUAGCUCUAUCCUCAAUCUAAAACAGUGUUUCAAGUAAAGAACACCAUAUUGAUGGUCAGACAUAUUGGGGACAGCUGCUGGGCGAUUUUGACAGCCUGCCAUACUAUAGAGUCAAAAGUUUUACUCUCUGGCAGAAGAACCUGAUAGAGAAUGGCUGACCAUCAGUGACCGUUAGUUAAAGGGCUUUGCAGCUGGACAUUGAUCCAAAGCAUAGCAGCUCUGUUGAAUACGCUGUAACAAGACCUCACAGGGGCCCUAUAAACCUUUUAAAUUCUCAAACAGCAGUAAAGUUAAAACAAUUUUGCAAAGAACAGAAUUCCUGGACAGGGGUACCUGAUUGUAGCUGCUGUUUGUUUAGAUAGUUUUCCUCAUUUACAUUCCCCUACUCCCCUUUGGCAAUGUGCCAGUAUUGUUGACGAUAAAACGCCCAUUAGCAUGAUGCUACCACUACGAUGCUUUAAGAUUGUUACCCCAGUUUUAAGUUUGAAACCUCAUCCUGACUGCUUCUGUCCGAAGAACUCAGUCUAUCUUGUUAAAAAAAAA